AUGUUGGUAAUAAUUGUGGUAUGAUUGAGGAGAUUAAAUUAAUUUGGCUGUGUUCAGUCGUGGCUGUGUUGGUUAACUUAUGAAAAGGUGUAUGCAUAAUUUGUGAUAACAAUUUUUUUAUUGAUUAAAGAAACAAUGGCACUAGAAGAUUAUAAGGAUGUUGUUGCCACGGCAGCUAGCAUUAUGACCACUGCUCAGUUUUUUGCAGGAAUGUUUAUUUGCAAAGAUAUUGUGAAGAAAGGAUCAACAGAAAAUGUGUCUGGUGCACCGUUUAUUGGUGGUUCUGCAAUGGGAAUUCUAAUGAUGCAAUACAGCAAUAUCUUGAAUGAUCCGGCCAUGACCCGUGUGAAUAUAGUUGGUGUUACUCUUAACUUGGGGUAUCUUUUGUGCUAUUAUAUAUAUUCUGAGAAUAAGAGAGAAUUGCAGAAGCAGAUAUUUUACACCACAGCAUUUGUGGCUGCCUUAAUUGCCUAUGUAUUUUGGGAAAAUCCUGACUUUGUGGAAUUUCGGUAUGGAUUAAUCAUCACAACGCUUUUCAUGCUUUUAAUUGCCUCUCCACUCCUUUCAUUGGGAGAUGUGAUUCGGACAAAGAGUACUGAAAUGCUGCCGUUCCCUCUGAUAUUAUCAGGAACUGUAGUUACAUUUUUGUGGCUUCUGUAUGGUAUAAUAAUUAAAAACUCAUUCAUUCAGUUCCAAAAUGCAGUGGGCUUUACACUCUUUUCUAUUCAGUUGUCGCUGUUUGCCAUCUAUCCCAGCAGGCCUCAAAAGAAGGAUAAGAAGAAACAGUAAUACUUUUUUAAGAAUACUUUGUUAAAGUUUUACUGAAGGCUAUUACAGUGAGGAAAGCAUUUUACCAUUACCAUAAAGCCAACUUAAGAAUUAUAAGGUGUAAAACUACAAAAAUGAGAAGAAUAGUAGAAGAAAUACUUUGUUAUCAGUUAGUAUUUUAUGUUCCAAUUAUGAAAUACUGAAAUAUGUAUGUUUCACACCUUUAUGGUCACAAAAAUGAAAACAGUUUGGUUAAAGAAACAAUUUAUUUAUGGCAUUUUAGGAACCUUGUAUUUUUUAACAAUUUUAUGCAACCCUCACUGUAAAUAAUUUUAAUGUUAAAUAUUAAAGUUAUAAAUAUGCAGUUAUUACAUAUAUAUAAUGUUAAUCUUGAUGUACAAUUUUAUAGCAAUAACAGCGUAAUUUUAUUAAAUUUAUAUUCUUAAGUACAGAAGAUAUUUGGAACCAAAUAUGGAAUAUGGAAAUUAUCACAAUUUUUAUGGAUUAUUUAGUAAGUAGUGGUACAAUUUUUUUUUAUUCAAUGAGGAACUGUAAUAUCUUGAAUACCAAACUGGAUAAUGCCAAAUUUGCUUUAUCCACUCAGAAAGUAAUUUAGUUGGUACACCAUAUUCAGUAUUAUGAUAUUUCUGAAAGUGUAUUGCAAGUAAUCAUUCAGAAAUUAAGUUGAAAUUAUUGGAACCUUCUAGGAUUUCAUAUAAUAUUUCAGACAUUAUGUUGGGAAAUCAACGUAUUUAACCCUUUGAAGCUGAAGCUCGUCAAAAUAAUAUUGAGGAAUUUAGUCCAUACCGCAAAGAAAACACAACACUUCACCAUUACAAACAACUGAUUAAUGCUGUUCAAAUCAUUAAUCUUUGUUUACAGUGAGAAUCAUACAGAAUCCAUCAAUACAGAAUGCAGUCGAUGAUUGUUAAGCAGCUAGUACAUGUAAUUACCAUUCAGCUUUCAAAGGUUAAUGGACUUUUUGGGAACACUGACUAGUAGAGACAUACAAAAUGAAUGCCAAGUUGAAUUUGAGGUAUUCAUGGCAGUGAGUCUAAAGAUUGCUGUCUUCUGGGUUGAUGCGCCAUGUAGUCUGGUAGAAGUUUACCGACGUUUUAGAGGUCCUUGAUACCUCCAUCAUCACAAGAACGUUUGAAACGUCGGUAAACUUCUACCAGACUACACAGCGCAACAACCCAGAAGAGAGCAAUCUUCAUAUCACAAGUUUUUUUAUCGAAGUUGGGUCCCGCGACUAGGAGUAGAUAAAAGACAGUAGGAAAGUUAGGAGACUAAUAACAUGUAUCAGAUUCCUGAUUGCAUGAAUUAAUUCUUUGCAUACUGUACCCCUUUUCUUCAUUUUGAUAUUAAUUUUUAUAAUUGAUUCAAGUAGUUUUUUCCUUUAAAGUGCAAAAUGAGGUGCUUCCUGUAUUGAUUAAUACAAAAUGUUAUCUGUUCAUUAUGCAACAAACACUGUUCCAUAGGGAACUGCUCAUAUAGGUUUUAAUACUAAAGCCAUAUUGCUUUAGGGAAGUGUGGUAAGUAAUUGUAGUAAAGGGUCACAGUCUUCUCUCCAUGUGAUAUUCGUAGCUAAAUUGUAUUUUGCUUUUAUUUUUUAAUUAAAUUUUGCUUUUUUAUGUGCAUUUAAACUUCUCACUGCUCUACCAAACACUGAGAGUUGUGGACAAAGGUGUUCUAUCAAAUAUUUUGAGUGCAGUAAGAUAAUUGCAUGUUUGAAAGGUGUUACAGCAAAAAUAAAACUGCAAGAAAUGCCUUUAACCAGGUGGGCCUUUCCAAUGUGUAGCAAAUAUUACCCACAUUAUAUUUUUGUUGCCCACAGUAAAUGUAUGCAAGUUAUUGUGAAAACAAACGAAAACAAAAAUGCUUCUAAUUUAAAAACAAAUUGCUAAUUUGGGUCAGAAUUAUCAUGGCCCAGAAUCUAGUCCAUUGUUCCUAUUGAAACAUUUUUAUAUAUUUGAAUGAUUGUGUUCUUUAAACAAAUUAUCACAAGGCACAGUAAAAUGUGAAUGGAUAAGCACUUAAAUGGCUGUGACUUUGUACAUUCCACCAGUAAACUGGUUGAUGAGAUGCAGUGCCAGGUUCCUCAUUGAAUAUUGAUAUUUGAUUCUGUUAAAGAACUUACCAAAUGCUCAUUCAUUUUGUUGGCCAAAAUUGUGAUCAUGUUGUGACAUACUGUAUUUAUUCAUCUAAUGUCCCUCUUAAUAUAAUACCCCCUCUCCUGUUUUUGGGAAGGAAAUGUGUAGAUUUAUUUUAUCAUAUAAUUCUAUUGUGGUGUGUUAUUUAGUUCUAAUUACUGAUUGCACAAGAACUCUGCCCCUGUCAAUCCCAAGGAACUCACACUAACGAGUUCUAAAAAUUUCUAUUAACUGCUUCUGGAAGAUUAAUCACUGUGGCAUGCCAACAUCAGUACUUUUCCUAAAUAGCUUCUUGCUGUGGAAUGGAGGUUACUCAAAACAGACCUGCUAAUUAAACACGAUGUUACAUCCCAGUCAUGUGAGAGUGCUAGGUGUGACUCAUUACUCAUGGUUUUAGAGUGUGGCAUUUAAGGGUGCCAGACAGAGAUGGGACAUCAAGAUAACUAAGUUAAUGGAGAAACAUUUGCAGCAAGUCUAUAAAAGUUGGAAAAAAGUGGUGUAUGCUACAGAAAAUAACAGCAAAUGUCAUGUAUGAAGCUUUUUUUACAUAGUACCAAGAAUCUGUUUAAAGGAUUAAUCUACAAAUUGACCCACUCCCCUAGUUUAAUUGUUAAAAAUAAUGGGUUAAAGACUGAUAUUAUAUUAGUAAAUACAGUAUUGUAUUUGACUGCCAAAAAAGUGUUUAUUUUUUAUAUACCAUAAUUUUGUAAUAAUGUUUUGCCUGACACUCUUUAUGAAUGCUUGAAAGAGGCUUGGGGUCCUAAGGUGAUUGACAGGGCUGCAUUAGAUAUAAAUUGAGUGUGAUAUUUGUAUGAUGUGUUCUGGUUGCAUCAGUGAAACAUAUAAACAACUGGUGUAUCUUUGCUUUGUGUGAAAGGGUUAAAUGUGCCAAAUUAUUCAAAACUUUAAUAUAUAAAUAAUAAAACAUUGUAACUUAUGUUUGGCUUCCAUAUAUACAGGAUGCCCUUUUAGAGGUUCCAUAGUUUCAGGAAGCUAUAUAUUAUUAACUAUUAAAGAUGUAUAGUAGCAUUUGACACAGAAAUGAAGUCUAUGUGAAGGAGUUUUUGUUAAUUCCCAUGACUCCUGUAGUAACAUGUCUGACAUCCAACUGAAACUUCAUUUCAAACCAGACGUAGCUUAACAUCUCUGGUAUAGCAGCAACGACAGCUGCAGGUACCCAGCAUUUUGAGUUCAUUUGUGUUGUCCAGUAGGCCUAUAUACUUCACUCUUGACAUAACCCCACAGGAUGAAAUUAGACUCUGUGGACUUCCCCUUCCAGUUCACUAACCAGGGAAUCUCACAUCAAGUGCUUCAUCAACUCUUGUUGUAAUGGGGAAGAACACUCUCAUUUAGAAGAAUUUUAAUCCCUCCAGCUGUAGGAUGGUGUAUAUCUCAAGCAUGCCAAUGAUAGAUGAUAGCAUUAACAGUAGCUUCAGCAAAGAAAAGGGUCUUAUGAGUAUGUUAUGUAGCGACCCACACUAGACAUUAAUUUUGCAGUCAUGGACAUGCUGGAUAAUUUCUGUGGGAUUCUCAGUUCCCAAUAUGAAGCAGGUAUGCCUGUUUACCACCGCCAGUGUGAAAAGGGGCUUCAUUCAUGAAAAUAACUUUUUUCAGGCAAUACAUAUUGUCUGCUAGACGAUUCAGAACAAAGGCAGAAAAAUGAGAGCAUAGUAUUUUGUCUUCUUCCUUAGUCUGUUGAAAAAUUUUGUUUGUAUGUGUAUGGACAUAGCCAUUUAUGCAAGUUGUUGUACAAAGUUGUUUGUGAUAUGUGCAGUUCCUGGCUGCAUUGUUUCACAGAGUUCUUCUGGCUGCCUGAGAAUGAACAUGAUAUGCGUUCAACAUCUGAAGUUUCUGUCUGACCAACAUGCUUUCUUUUCUUCAAAACACCACUGGUAUUUCAGUACUUCUUAUACAUCUUGAUGGUUCUGUCUGUAGGUCUCUGUGGUGCAUUUGUUAAAAUGCCCUUUGCAUAAGAACAACAAACUUCAGUUGGCCAUAACACACACUGUGGUUUCACUUGCAGUCUCUCCAUCUUUUUAAAGAUGCUGAUCACAUAAGGAACACUUUUGUGCAAUUGAAUCUGUGCAAGAACACAACGGUAACAUGCUAACAAAAAUUGUUUGAGAUAUGCUUGAUUUCUGUCUCACAUACUGUUACAUAUCUUUAUUGGUUAAUAAAAUAUCUUUAACACAAUGGAAUCUUUGAGAGGACACCUGUUUAAUAGCAAAAAUCUGCUCUCCCAGCCCAUCUGAUUUCUUCCAAGUGAUGUGUCAUAGAAACGAUGGUACAUGCGAAAAGAAAAGUUCAUUUUAGCAUAACAAUACUGGGAAAAUUAUAGAUUUUUCUGUUUUAAAAAUCAGGCACAUGGCCAUACAAAAAGCUUAUACAACUGUGUCACUGAUGCAUCAUGUUGCAGAAAAAUGAUGAACACAAAAAUUGUUUCUUUGGAGAGAAAAUCCUUGGAAAGUUAUUGAUUUAUUUUUCCUUUCAUAUCAUAGUCACCUUUAACAAACAGUCUUCUUAAAUAUGAUAUCAAAAUAUUUCAUUUAUUUGUCAGGUAUUAUCACAUUCUAUGAAAGUAUGUUUUAUCAUGUCAAGACUGGCUGGUGAGACUUAUGUAUUUAAAGUGCCUUUAAUAGUCUUACAAUAGUAAUGAGAUUCCCAUGGGUUCAUUCCAUUUUAUGAUAAUAUUGUUGAAAUAUUUUAAAUAAAAUAAAAUACAAGAAAUGUAGUUUGUUUAAUGCAUUUUA